UAUCCACCGCCGUGCUUUCUCAAUCUCCGGCGCCGCUUCAGUGUCGGAGUUUCUCAAUUAGCUCAUAUUAAUGCUUUCGUAUCUGGGUUUUGCUCUAAAUUGAAAAUAGAUUCUCAAUCGGUAGUAAAGUUUGAUGCUUUUUGUUGUUAUCGGUCACAAAUGUCAUGUGUUUUGGGGUUUAUGAGAUUGAUGAGUUUGCACUAUGCAUCGAAGGCUAUGUCGAUUACUGUGGCAUAGUCUUUUAGCAAAAAAGUGCAGAAAUAGAGAGCUGUUAAAUCAGCAAGCGGCCAGACAACCGUCGGAAUAGAUCCACAGGUGAAGCAGAGUUUUUCAUCUGCUUUCAGCUACUAAAUCUAUCUUACAAGUUUUGUGUAUAUGAAGUUUUUUGAACCCUCUUGUGUUAUUGAGUUGUUUUUGUUAUUGCACCUUGUAUUCAAAAGGUCAUGCCUCGUUCUGGUGGUAUGGCCAUUGUCGAGGAUGCGUAAAGAGAUAGCUGUUAAUUCAGUAAGCGGCCAGACAACCGUUGGGAUAGAUCCACAGGUGUUGCGGUUUCUCUAUCCGCUCUCUGCCUACUAAAUCUAUCCCACAUUUCUCUUGUCAAUCCAAAAUUUAUAUCAAAGCUUGAUUCAUUGGAUUCAGGCAUGAGAUUUAUUCUAAUAGUAUAUAGAUUAGACCGGAUUUGUAGAUAACCCUUUUACUGAUUUAAGAGUUGGUUUGAUAAAUGUUCACUGAGACAGCUGAUUCUUGAACAAACGUCAGAGUUUAGUUUAUGGUUGUUAUGUUGAA